UAAAAAAAAUGUCUUCAAAGUAAACCUUAAAAUUGUGCUUCAGUACUAUACUUUUCACCUUCCACCAUGAUUUGAAUCUUCAGGUCUCAGCUGUGUAAAAUCCACUGAAAGUGUGAAACACAGACAGACUGAUGAGCGCCCUCUGCAGGCCAGAGCGUCAAACUGCACAGAGCCUCAUCCAAUAAAACCAGCUGAUGUUUUCAACAGUUUUCAGACCAGGACAGCACGAGGUUCACAUCACAGUCAAAGGGUCCUCAGUUUGAGAAGAGAUGUCCUCCCAGGUGAGACUGAGUCUGCUGCCGAGCGCCAGAUGCUUGUUUGAUGAGUCUGUUCAGGUGAAGGUGGCCGGGCUGAGGUCGAGACAGGUGGUCACCGUAAGAGCCAGAUCGACUGACGAGAAGGGGGUGGUGUUCAGCUCCUCGGCCACCUACAGGGCCGAUGGGAGCGGGGAGAUCGACCUGGACAGACACCCCUCACUUGGUGGGAGCUAUGUUGGAGUUGAACCCAUGGGUCUGCUGUGGUCGAUGAGGGCAGACACCCCACACAGGUUCUUACACAAGAAUAAAGCACUGCAGCCACAUGUGGUGAAGUUCUCUGUGCACGAGGAUGAAGGUGAGGGCAGGAGUCUGGCAGAGGCGACCAAUGAGAGGGUUCUGAUGGGAGAUGGAGUCAGACGAGUCCCCGUCAAAGAGGGGAACAUUCAGGGAGUCCUGUUUACUCCCCCAGGAGACGGUCCAUUUCCUGCUGUGUUGGAUCUGUGCACCUUAAUGUCAGAGAAAAGAGCCUGUCUGCUGGCCAACAAGGGUUUUGUGGUUCUGGCUGUGGGGGUGUACACUGACAAGCCUGACAACGUCAAAGAGAUACAUCUGGACCGCUUUGAAGAAGCAAAGGAUUUCUUACAACGACAACCUCAGGUGGGCAGUAAAGGAGUUGGUGUAAUAGCACAAUCAAAGGGAGCAGAUGUUGCGCUCUCACUUGCUGCUUUUGUGCCAGGUGUUGAGGCCGUCGUGUGGAUCAACGGCUGCAGCGCCAAUGUUGCCCUCCCCCUCUACUAUAAGAAACACCAAAUCCUUUCACCGCUACUGUUCAACUUUGACAAGGUGAUUCCCACUGAGUCAGGAGCUGCUAUCUGCAAGUAUGGUGUUAAAGAUCCCCUGGCAGAGGAGAACAAAGGCAGCCUGGUCCCCAUUGAACGAGCAGAAGGACGUUUCCUCUUUGUGGCUUCAGAGGACGACCUGAACUGGGACAGCAAAGGUUAUGCAGACGAGAUGAUGGAGAGACUUAAGCGUCAUGGGAAGGAGAACUUUGAGAGUGUGUAUUACCCAAGAGCUGGACACUUACUGGAGCCACCGUACGGGCCACACUGCCCCUCAUCCAGGCAUGGGGUGUUCAGCUUUCCAGUGUUGUGGGGAGGUGAGCCCAAGGCUCAUGCAGCAGCUGAAGUCCACCUGUGGAAGAAGAUCCAGGAGUUCUUCAGAACUCACCUGAGCUGCGAUGCCACACAGACUGAAGCCAAGUUAUAGAUACAAGUAGGUUGACAAGAAAGUAACAACCAAUGGCAGUUUACCAAAGAUAAUUAUCGAUGAAGCUGAAUGUUUUGCAAUAGGUUGUUUGCAUUUGACGUCAUGUCACCCUUUUGUUGUGGUGUGAACUGCAGAUGGAGGACAGUAAGUGAUUUUCUGCAUAGGAAGUGCAAUAACACACGCUAAUGCUGAUGUUUUGAAUCGUUUACGUUUGGGUAAAUGGGUCAAACCAAGAUACCAAGCAGAGUUUUAUUCAGUUCCAAAAGUUAUUGUUCACAAGGGUGAAAAAUGCAAAAAAAUGACAGAAAAACAUUGGAAAAAUGGCUUUUUAACUGUCUGCUGUCAGUUGGAGCGGAGUCGGAAAAUGGUGGAAACAUCCAUCCAUCCAUCCAUUUACUUCCGCUUAUCCGGGGCCGGGUCGUAGGGGCAGCAGUCUAAGCAGGGAUGCCCAGACUUCCCUCUCCCCAGAGACUUCCUCCAGACCCCGAGGCAUUCCCAGGCCAGCCGAGCGACGUAAUCCCUCCAGCCUGUCCUGGGCAUGCCCGGAACACCCUCCCAGGAAGGCGUCUAGGAGGCAUCCGAUAUAGAUGCCCGAGCCCCCUCAGCUGUCUCCUCUCGACGUGGAGGAGCAGCAGCUCUGCUCUGAGCUCCUCCAGAGUGACAGAGCUCCUCACCCUAUCUCUAAGGGAGCGCCCCGCCAC